AUGGUAAUCUCGUGUAAAAGGUUCUCGUUCCGCCAUCUCCAUAAUUUCCACACAACCACCCCAAAAGUACAGGUAUCACCCCCUAUACUCGACGGGUGCACAAGAUUCGAAAAUAACCAUUGCUCUAAAUUUGAGGAGAAGAACUCAUUAUGGGUUGUACCAGGCAACACACGUCUCCAAAUUUCGGCAGCCAGAACUAUCAAAUGUUUGAUUAUUAUACUUUUUUCUGCCUAUAUGCUUAGGUUGAUGUUGCUAUUGACACUUGAUAAAUUAAUAUCCAAUCAGCAUUUGCCUCGUCAGCAUGACCAAUACACCUCCUCCUUGCAUGAAGACAAACAACAUGCUGCAGCUCGUGAGAAACUUAGUACACAAGGUACAAAGGCCAGCUGCAAUGGCAUAACGGCUCUCUCACUCCAGCCUUCAUCCAUGCAGCCACGUGGACGGCUCAGAUUAGCCGCAGCUAAUGAAGAGAAGAAGGAUCUAGAUCCUUAG